AUGCAUCGCCCAUCUCGCCGCAAGCUCGAAACGAAGCCUGCUCCUCACGAUCCACCUGGAUUUACGACUGCGAGACCACACGUCUGCCCUCCGUCUGAUGCUAAGCACCCAAAGGAUCGCUGGGAGACUCUGUUCGUAUACACGUUCCUGUGUAAGUUCACUCAGCUACGAACAAAAGUGGAGGGCUUCGAAUCACCAAUGGAUCUCGAGGAGGCCUUGCUUUCGCAUGAGCCACAUCCCAUCUUGACGCAGAUCCUCACGCGUUUCGUGCUGAACCUCCGGCCACAAGCGCGUAAUGUUAGUGCCGACCAAAUCUCCAGCACCGUCCUCACGGUGCUCGCGGAAUUCUUCAAAACAUCCGAAAGAACCGUCUUCUGGAGCGAUGAGCUCAUGAUGAACGUGGAUCCCUUUCUGGGGCUGGACGGGGGGUUCUUUGCUGCGGAUUGGGACUUGAAGCUCAAGGUGUUGCGUCAACUGGUCGAGCUGCAAUUAACGCACAGCACAGAAAUCAAAGGGAAGAUUGACCGCGCGUGGGGCGUGGUCCACAACAAACACAAGAAAAAGGAGCUGCCCGACCCUCCGCCCCUGGAUCCCAUGGACCCUAAUAGUAUGGAAAACCUCCAAUUCAUCCCGUUCGGCCAGGACAUGCGUCGGACACGAUUUUGGAUUGUCGAUGACUCGCCGCGAGUCUAUACUUCCACAAAUCCGUGGAAAGUAUCGGCGGUCAUCACCGCCGUGUCCUCCACGCGAGAGGAAUAUGCUGCGCUCGUCGAGGAACUCAGAGAAAGGUCUCCUGGAAAGGUCAAGGACGAAUCCAAGAGAUCCAAAAUGGAGCACGCGCACAUCGCGCUCGUCAAAGCUCUCGAGAGCCGCCUGGAGCUUAUCGACAAUGAGAUAGCGCGGAUACAAAAGGCUCGCAAGAAGAUUGAACAACGCAAUCUCCUGCUGGCGCAAGCCGAAAUACGGCAAACGCGGACGCGACGACAAACGAAGCGUCCAGAUUAUGUUUAUUACGGCGGUGGGGACGAAGAUGAGGACGAGGACGAGUACAAGUACGGAGAGGAUGAUCCCUACGAGGAUCCGCUCGAGGGAGGCGAUUUUGCUCGGUCAGACACCGGCUCUGGAUCAACCGGCCACCAUGGAGACGCCGAACAGGGACGGCGGCGGUCAACACGGACCAAGGCGCUGAACGGCAAUGGAAAACGUCUGGCGACGGAUACGUGGAACUCGUGGCGGGGGGAGCGGCGGUCUGCACGCCUAGGCGCCCCGUCAGACAUUCAAGUGGACGAACCAAGACCGAAGCGCGCGCGCACGGAGGAAAGCACGAUCAGCGUUGUCUCUGUGGAUGAUCUAGGCGGUAGCGCGAGCACCCAAGGCACGAGCGGCGCGAAUGGGAAUGGGAAUGAGAAUGGACCGAGGGCGGCAGCGGUCAAGCCCAACGAGAUCGCCAUGGAGCAGGUUGCAGGACGGAAGAAGAGCAAGUUCUGGUACUAUGCAGUGGAGCCCAUACCGACGCCGGUGCCAGUUUCGUCGGUGUCCUCUGGGUCAAACGGGGCGAAGGGGAACGAGUUUUCUUCAGGCGAGGUCGGCAAGAAACGUUCAGCCGGUCGGGGAAGCGACAUUGCGCCGAGAACCAAUGGCGCUUUAGAGGGGAGCUUGUCGCCUGCAUCGAGCUUGGAGGACUUUUGA